AGGCCGCUCGGCGCUGGGAGCACAAAGGCGGGGCUGGUGACGCGACCCAGCCCAGGACAGGCUUCGGCGCGCAGUGCGCGUGCGCGGAGCAAAGGGCUGCCGUCCUUUAAGGGGGUUGGAGAUGGCGGCGGCCGAGGGGUCCUCGCUGGAGCCAGCCGCUUCAGAACAACCCGCUGAGCUGCCUGCCUCGGUGCGGGCGAGCAUCGAGCGGAAGCGGCAGCGGGCGCUGAUGCUGCGCCAGGCCCGGCUGGCUGCCCGGCCCUACCCGGCGACGGCGGCUGCGGCUACUGGAGGAAUGGCUAAUGUAAAAGCAGCCCCAAAGAUAAUUGACACAGGAGGAGGUUUCAUUUUGGAAGAGGAAGAAGAAGAACAUAAAAUUGGAAAAGUUGUUCAUCAACCAGAAUUGCGGCGAGCAGUAAGAAGCAGUUUGUGGAAAAGGGAAACGAUUGCUCAUCAACAUGAGUAUGGACCAGAAGAAAACGUAGAGGAUGACAUGUACCGGAAGACUUGUACUACGUGUGGCCAUGAACUGACGUAUGAAAAAAUGUGA